UGAGUACUUUAUAUUAUAGUUUCAUUAUGUAAAAGAAUUAAAAUACAACUUUGCGUAUCAUAUUAUAAUUUCAUCACCUGAAAUUUUCAUUGCAAUAAAGUUCAAAAUUUUUAGUUCAACGAAAAUAUUAAUAAUAAGCACAAACCGGCCAACAAAAUAGUUUAAAAUAUGGGCACCAUUUUCCGGCAAAUCCUUCGCCACAGCUUACCAUACAAAGCAGCGCUACACACGAGGAACACCAGAUUGUGGUCGUCUGUUGGUGCAACUUCGAAUGAACCUCAAAACUAUACCAAAGAUGUUUUAAAAAAACUGGUGACUAGCAAUAAGGUAGUAGUAUUCAUGAAAGGUAAUCCAUCAGCUCCUCGCUGCGGCUUCAGUAAUGCGGUGGUCCAAAUAUUACGUAUGCAUGGUGUGGUGUAUGACGCCCAUGAUGUGUUAAGUAGCGAUGAAUUAAGGCAAAAUAUCAAAGAUUUUACGGAAUGGCCUACUAUACCACAGGUUUUCAUCAAUGGUGAGUUUGUUGGCGGUUGCGAUAUUCUCCUACAAAUGCAUCACAACGGUGACUUAGUCGAAGAAUUGAAAAAGGCCGGCAUCGAAUCUGCACUGAAGGACGCUGAACCAAGCCAAGCGAAGGAAGAUAUUAAGAAAUAAAAAUGUGAAAACCGUACAUUAAAGGAUUUUUUUGACAUCAGAAAGUAGCAAAAGUACAAAAACACUUAUAAUAAAUCUUCAAACCUAAUCCCCAGGGCCGUCAAUAUUUGAAUAGAAAGUAAAAGUAAGAACUAAAAGUGAAGUGUUGAACUCUGCUUAUUUUAGACGAAAAUUUGCAUAGCAAAGAAGAUAUUCUUGUUCCUGAUUGUUUAUUGUUUUGCUGCUACGCGAACAUAUUAUGUAGGUUAUGCAUCAAUGUAGAUAACAGCUCCUAAUAUUUCUUAUGCCCUCUUCCACAACUCAGCAAGUCAACAACAUGAUUUACAGAUGAUUUAUUGUGUUGAGUAAGAAAGAUUAAAUGUGAACACGAAACUAUUUUUUGAACUUUAAUAAAGUUGGGGAUUAACUCAAUUGAAGAUGUA